AUGUCGCGAGUCAGCGCGGCGGCAGCACGUUUCGGCGGCACUCGUCAGGACUCCACAUCUGGCCGUGGUCCUCCCCGGCAAGAGUCGGUAGCCAGCCGAGGCUCUCCCCGUCUGGAAUCAGCAGCAAAUCGAGGAGUUCCUCGUCAAGAAUCGAUUUCAACUCGAAAACAGCCUCUGGCAUCGGUGGAAAAUCGUCUUCAUAAGAGAGAAUCGGUCCAAUCUGAUGGGCCAAUUGACGCGUCGACCUCCGGACUCGAUUGUUUGAUGGUAAAACGGACAGCAGUUGCGGAUCCCGCAAUGCAAGCGGAAUGGGCGCAGAAGAGACAAGUCUGGGUACCGCAUGAGAAGGAGGGCUUUGUUGCGGCCCAUAUCAAGGAAGAUAAGGACGAAAUGUAUCUUGUGGAGGUGGUUGAGACCGGUCAGCAGCUGAAGUUGAGCAAGGACGACUGUCAGAAAAUGAAUCCACCCAAGUUUGAUAAGGUAAGAGAAUCAUGACGAUUUUUUGAAAUUUUUCGGUUGAAAAUUUUAUUUUUAAAUAAUAUCCGAUUUUUUCUUUCAGGUAGAAGACAUGGCCGAUUUAACAUGCCUCAACGAAGCCUCAGUUCUGCAUAAUUUGAAGGAUAGAUACUACUCCGACCUUAUUUAUGUAGGUUCUCGGCCAAAAAAAAGAGGUUUCAAGCAUCCUGCUACCUUUGCCAUCUCUAAGAAGCCUUGUAACACUAAAAUAAAACCUUUCAGACCUACUCCGGUCUUUUCUGCGUCGUUGUAAAUCCCUACAAACGUCUUCCAAUUUACUCCGAACAGCUGAUCGACGCGUUCCGUGGAAAGAAACGUCAUGAGCGACCUCCCCAUAUCUUCGCCAUCGCUGAUGUGGCCUACAGAUCGAUGCUGCAGGAGAGAGAAGACCAGUCGAUCUUGUGUACUGGAGAAUCUGGCGCCGGGAAAACGGAAAAUACCAAAAAAGUCAUUCAAUAUCUGGCUCAUGUGGCUGGAAUGAACAGAGGCUCCAAAGGAAGUAAUUUGCCCAGCAAGGUAAGUUGAGGCUAAUUUUCGAUUUUUUUCCCUCGAAAUGUCUGAUAAAAAUUUCGAAUCCCGAUCAAUUUUUUCUUCUCAUUUUUUGAUUUAUUUUCUAUACGAUAUAAAAUUUUACAUCGAUUUUUUAUAGAGUGAGGAUGCCUCCUUGCAAUACGUAAGUAGUUAUGAGUGUAAAUCCGCAUUUUCUUCUACUUUCAAGCAAUUUUCUGCGUGUGUGAGGUCCGAAAUGUCCUAAAAUUGCGUUUUCCUCCACUUUUCUUGAUUGAAACUUCUUUAUUACUUCCUAAAAUACUUUGAAAUGUUCUUCAUCUGGCUUGUUCGAAAAAUGGAACAGCAAACCUGGUCGUAUUUUACGUUUUUACAGUUUUUCUUAUGAGAAUUUUCAAAGAAUCUCUUUCAAUUGGCUUUUUAUGUGAUUUUCUUCCAAAACGAUGACAAUUUUAUAUUUUAUUCUACUUCAGGGUGAAUUAGAGAACCAGCUUCUCCAAGCGAAUCCAAUUUUGGAAGCCUUUGGAAACAGCAAGACCGUCAAGAAUGACAAUUCAUCAAGAUUUGUAAGUUUUUUUCGUUGAAGGUAUCUUUAAGACUAUUUUCUAAUGAUGACUAAAAUUUUAAUCACCUAUUCACUUCAGGGAAAGUUCAUUCGUAUCAAUUUCGACACCUCCGGCUACAUUUCGGGCGCCAACAUUGACUUUUAUUUACUCGAAAAAUCAAGAUGUUGUCGUCAAGCGCCGAAUGAGCGGUCAUUCCAUAUAUUUUACCAAUUUUUGAGAGGAACUUCCCCAGAAGAGAAGCAGAAUUAUUUGUUGGAGGACAUUGGGAACUAUGCGUUCUUGAAUAACGGAGCCGUAGCGGUCCCGAACGUUGAUGAUUCCAAGGAAUUCCUGGAAACGAUCAAAGCUAUGAAGAUUAUGAGCUUUAGCGAUGAGGAGAUCACUUGUAAGUUUGUCAGGGGAAUGCUACAGACAUUUUUUUUUGAAUUUAUUUGUGUUAAUGUUAGAGAAAUUUUUGAACUACCGUGUGCACUAUUUGUACUCGAAAUUGAUUUUUUUCCUUCUUUUUCUUCCAAACGUUUCCAAAAAGGGCCGAAAACAAUUUUUCUUUAACCCGCUCUCUUCACUUUACAUAGUAUAUCGUUAAUUUUACCAAAAAAAGUACUUGAGUAUUGGCCAUUCCAACUAAUGAUGACUAAGCCAACAUCUUUUUCAGCGAUCCUCCGAAUUAUCUCCUCGGUAAUGCUCUUCGGCAAUAUCAAAUUCGUGCAAGAAAAGAAGUCGGAUCAGGCAUGUCUGGCUGACGAUAGAGUGGCUCAGAAAGUUUGCCAUCUUCUUGGACUUUCCGUUCAAGAUUUUAGCAAAGCUUUCCUCAAACCGAAGAUUAAAGUCGGCCGAGAGACGGUGCAGAAAGCCCAGAACAAAGAGCAAGCUGAAUUCUCGGUAGAGGCCAUCUCCAAAGCUACGUAUGAGCGGAUGUUCAAGUGGUUGGUGCAGCGAAUCAAUAAAAGUUUGGACAGAACUCGGCGUCAGGGAACUUCUUUCAUCGGAAUCCUUGAUAUUGCUGGUGAGUUAGGGGGAAAUCGGGUGCAGAAUUAAAAUCUAGGGUGUUUUCUUGGUGUGCUACAAAAAAGAGACAGCUUCGGCACUUUUAAGACCUUUUCCGGGGCCUAUUUAUAUUAUCCAUGACAUUUUUAGGCUUCGAAAUCUUCGAGAUGAAUUCUUUCGAACAAAUUUGUAUCAACUACACCAAUGAAAAGCUCCAACAACUCUUCAACAAUACUAUGUUCAUCCUCGAACAAGAAGAAUACCAAAAAGAAGGGAUCGAUUGGCAAUUCAUCGACUUUGGCCUCGACCUCCAGCCCACAAUCGACCUCAUCGAGAAACAUAUGGGAAUCCUCGCCCUCCUCGACGAACAAUGCCUGUUUCCGAAGGCCACUGACAAAAGUUUUGUUGAGAAAUUGACUGCGAAUCAUGAGAAGAACCCCAAGUUUGUGAUCCCAGAGAUGAGAUCCAAAUCAGAUUUUGCUGUUGUCCAUUACGCGGGAAGGGUUGAUUACAGCGCUGACAAAUGGUUGAUGAAGAAUAUGGACCCAUUGAAUGAGAAUGUGGUGGCUUUGAUGCAGAAUUCGUCAGAUCCGUUCGUCCAAGGAAUCUGGAAGGAUGGUAAGCCAAAUUUUUAAGGACUUUUUGGAUGCAAUGCCCGAUUUUUGUGGUAUCUCAAAGAUUCUUGAAAAAAAUAGAAAAGUUUGAAGAUAUUGAUGACAGUUGGGUCAAUAUUUGAUUAGUAUGUUGUAAGAACUUUCUAGAUUUUUAGGUCGAAAAGGGCCAAAACUGAAUUUUUUUUAAGCGGUUUCUGGUUGAAAUUGGCAUACUGUAUUGUUGAUGACAAAAAAAUCUUUGUAAAUUUCGAUGGGAUGUUUUAAUAACUUACCCUCAUAUCUAUUUUUCAGCUGAAUUCGCUGGAAUGGGAGCCACUGAAGUCGCAGAGACCGCUUUUGGCGGAGUCCGAACUAAAAAGGGAAUGUUCCGAACCGUCUCCCAAAUGUACAAAGAACAGCUCCAAAAACUCAUGUCCACCCUUCGCAACACAUCCCCCAACUUUGUCCGUUGCAUCAUCCCCAAUCAUGAGAAGAAGCCACGAAAAAUUGAUCCAUUGUUGGUCUUGGAACAGCUUCGAUGCAACGGAGUUUUGGAAGGAAUCAGAAUUUGCCGUCAAGGAUUCCCCAAUCGGAUUCCAUUCCAGGAAUUCCGUCAUCGCUAUGAACUGUUGGCCCCAGGAGUUAUUCCAAGAGGAUUUAUGGACGGCAAGGAGAGCGUGAAGUAAGCAAAUUGUAACUGUUUUACAGGGUCUUACAAAAAACGUGAAGGAAAGUGGAAGGCUAUAACUUCCAGCGGAGGUGGCGCAGAGACUUCGUAUUUGAAAUAUGUAUUUUUAAAAGACAUAAGUUUUUGUCUACGAAAUAAUAAGCUCAUAAAGUGCAAACUGAGGUCGCUACGACCUUCUGAAGUAGAGGCAUCUCUACCCCGAAAACCAGGUUUUUUCGGUUGAAAAUGAUCGAGAAAUUUCGGACUUUUUCGGUUGAAAAUCACUAGGAAAUGUCGGAUUUUUUGGGGGGUUCCGAUAUGGGUGAUGUUGAAAAAUAGGAGGAAAGUGCCAACACUUGCAAAUUAUCUUAAAGGCUACAUCAAGAAACCCCCAAAAAAUCCGACAUUUCCUGGUGAUUUUCAACCGAAAAAGUCCGAAAUUUCUCGAUCAUUUUCAACCGAAAAAACCUGGUUUUCGGGGUAGAGAUGCCUCUACUUCAGAAGGUCGUAGCGACCUCAGUUUGCACUUUAAGAGCUUAUUAUUUCGUAGACAAAAACUUAUGUCUUUUAAAAAUACAGGGUGUACCAAAUUCGUGGCCCGAUUUGAAUUGGCUAUAACUUCUUUAAUUUUGGGCCAAAUUAAAAAAUUUUUUUUUCCCCAGAAUCCCCAGACAACCCCAUUUUGUCUGAUACCAAAUAUGUUAUACAUAGGUAAGUGUCAUCUACAGUUAUUGGAUUUAUUCUUGGAGUUCAUUUUUUCUUGUUUUUUUCCGGUCUUUCCCGGUGUGUCCGAAAAUGGAGUACGGUGCGGGAGAAAAAUACGGUGGAAUUUCCCCUCCUGAAAAUCGACGAUGAGAAUAAGAACAAAAAGUGAAGAUCAACCUCCAGAGUUCGUCGAAUGGUCCUUGGUGAAGGCAUUCCCUCGGUUCUGGCCAAACUUCGUGUACUCAUAUACGGAUUUUCUCGGAAUUUUGACAAAACUUCUUCCAUUUUCAGCUACGUUCGUACCCAUCUUUCCUGCUUUUUUUGUUUCCUGUUAACGCUGCCAGUCUCAAGGAACUUAUUCCACCAACGCCGAAAUGUCUUGCGAUCUGGGUUGGGCCUUAUGUCCGUAUUUCAUCCUGUAUUCCCUUUGAACAUUUAUCGGCGAACCGUAUUUGCCAUACCAAACCACAGACCAAGAUUUUUCUUCCACACCGUACUCCAUUUUCGGACACACCGGGAAAGGCCGAAAAAACAACCGAAAAACGACCAAAAAAAUGAACUUCAAGAAUAAAUCCAAUAACUGUAGAUGACACUUACCUAUGUAUAACAUAUUUGGUAUCAGACAAAAUGGGGUUGUCUGAGGAUUCAGGGAAAACAAGAAUUUUAAAAUUUGGCCCAAAAUUAAAGAAGUUAUAGCCAAUUCAAAUCGGGCCACGAAUUUGGUACACCCUGUACAUAUUUCAAAUACGAAGUCUCUGCGCCACCUCCGCCGGAAGUUAUAGCCUUCCACUUUCCUUCACGUUUUUUGUAAGACCCUGUAUAUUAAAAGUCAUGGAGAAUAUAAUUCCAGUACUGAAAAGUAAUUGAUAACGUUUCAGGAAGAUCCUAGAUGCCUUGGAGAUUGAACCCAGCAGUUAUCGAAUCGGAAUGUCCAAGGUCUUCUUCCGGGCCGGAGUUCUGGCCAAAUUGGAGGAAGAUCGAGACAUUAAAAUUACCGGACUGAUAAUCGAUUUCCAAGCCCGCUGCAGAGCCUUCCUGGCCCGAAGAUUGUACGAAAAACGGGUCCAACAGAGCAGUGCUAUCCGAGUCCUCCAACGAAAUGCAUAUUCUUGGCUGAAGUUGAGGAACUGGGAAUGGUGGAGGCUUUUUACCAAAGUUAAGCCACUUUUGCAAGUCACCAAUCAAGAACUGGCCCUUCAGCAGAGAGAUGACGAACUGAAGGUGGUCAGAGAAAAGGUCGGGAAGUAUGAAAGCGAGCUGAAUGAAGUUAACCAAAGAUUGGAGAGUCUUCAAGCCGAAAGAACCAGAUUACAAGAUCAGUUACAACAAGAAACGGAGGAGAGAGCCGAAAUUGAUGAGAUCCGACAAAGAUUACAUGCCAAGAACGAAGAAUUGAGCGAAAUGGUUAAUGAUCUACAGUUUAGGUGAGGAAAAACAAGUUUAUGAUUUGCACCCGAUAUUAGGCGAUAUUUUAUACGAUGAAAAUGUCAAAUAGUCCAAUGUAAAUUGACACAGAUCGUUGUCAAAACUUUGAUAAAUUCUCAUGGAACUUGUCAUUUUAGACUCGAAGAAGAAGAACAAAGAUCCUCGAUCUCCUCGGAUCGUCUGAAAAAGCUUGAGGAAAAUAUCCGAGACCUUGAAGAACAACUGGAGUCCGAAGAAAGAAAACGACAAAAAACCCAUUUGGACAAGAAUACCCUGGAAGAUCGUCUAGUCAGGAACGAAGAGCAGAUUGCUGAGCUUGUUGUAAGUUUCAUCCGGUAAUGAUUUGGACUCCAUUUUUGUUGAAAUAUUGAGAUUUUUCAAUAUUACUUUAGGACGCGAAUGACAAGCUGACAAAAGAGCGAAAAUGGUUUGAAGAACGCGCCAAUCAACUGGAAAAUCAACUGGUCGAAGAAGAAGAAAAGACCAAGCAUGCCAACAAACUCAGAGCCAAGUGGGAACAGCAAUGUCAAGAGACAGAGGGAGAGUUGGAAAAAGAGAAAGCUGGAAGACAUGAACUGGAGAAAUUGAAGAGAAAAACUGACGUGGAACUGCAAGAAACCCGUGAACUUUUGGAAGAAAAGAGGAAUAAGAUCGAGGAGUUGAACAUGCACUAUCAGAAGGCUCAAGAGGAAUUGAGCAGCUUGUACUGCAGGUAGGAUCAUAGUCUAGUGUAAUAUAAAAAGGUGUCGGAAUUGAACGAAUUCGGGAUUUUUUUGACAAAAGAACUUUCUUUUGUCAAUAAUUUUAAGUGGAUAUUCUGUAUGUAAGAUUAACCGAGAUUUUCCUUUAGAUCCGACGAAGAGAACGCUCUGAUUUCCCAUCUCCAGAAGCAACUUCGUGAUUAUGAAACUCAGAUUGAGGAAAUCCGCGACGAUUUGGAAAAUGAGCGUCAACUUCGAAUCAAAGCAGAGCAGAAACGAAAGGAGUUGGCUUCGGAGUACGAGACACUAAAAACCGAGUGUGUUGAGGCCGUGGAUAAAUCGCAGUUGGCCAUGGAAAUCCAGAGGAAGAAGGAUGAUGAAUUAAGACAACUGCAGGUAAAAUAAGGAUAAUAUUGAAGAAGAAAAGGCUGUAAUUUUGUAGUAAAAAGGGCAUAAGAGCAGGUUAAAGGAAUUUAAGGCCAGAAUUUACUUGAUUUCUGAGUCUAUGUUGAGAUUUUUCGACAUUAAACUUUAUGGAAUUGUACAAAACAUAACGAAAUUCUUAUAUUUCAGCUCACAAUCGAAGCCGUCAGCCAGGAAGGCCAAAAGAAGCUCGACGAGGUCCGACAAAAGUAUCAGCGUCAAGUCGAAGAACUUGUCGAUCAAAUCGAACAACAAAAACGCCUCAAAUCACAGGCUGACAAGUCCAAGGGGACCUUGGAGCAAGAGCACGAAGAACUCCGAGCUGAACUCGAAACUAUCGCUGCCCAGAAGAGUGAGGCCGAGAAGAGAAGAAAACAAGCCGAAGCGGUUAUUCUUGACCUCAGGGCAUCGCUGGAUACGGCUGAACAACAGAUAUUUGGUCUUCAGGAGCAGCUGAAUAGAGUAAGGAGAAGAACACUGGCGGGAAAUCGAUACUUAUGGGUGUUUUUGUAGGAAAAAACGGGUGUUGCGUCCAGUUGUUGGAUGGAAAUGUCAAAAAUAGCAUUAAGAAUCAAUUUUUUCUCGAUUUUUGUGAUUAGUCAUUCUUGGUAUUACAGUAGGCCGAAAUUAAAAAAUGAGAAAUGAAAGCCACAAUUUCAUCCACUUUUAGUCAUCAUGAAGAUAUCUUGAGCAAUACAGAGCCCGAAACAAAGAUUUUAUCGACCUUAUUUUAGAUCCAACCCGAGUUCGACGUCUCCCAACGCCAACGAGAGGAGUUCGAGCAGCUCGUCAACUCUCAGCAACACAAAAUCAACUCCUUGGAAGGUCAAGUCACAGAGGCUCAGGAGCUUUUGGCAGAUGAGACUCGUCAAAAAUUGGCUGCUCAGAGCCAAGUUCGCCAACUCCAAUCGGAGGUACAAAACUUGUUGGAGACCAAAGAGGAGCUCGAAUUAGGCCAACAAAAAUUGGAAGGUGAUAUUCAUGCAUUGAAGGUGCAAUUGAAUGAAGAGAAGAAGCGAUCCGAGGAAGUCGUGGUGGUCCAGUUGGAAGAACAGAAAAAGAAAUUCCAAAAGGAGCUGGAGAACGUCCAAAAAGAGGUCGAAGACAUGCUUGGAGCAAGAGAUCGGGCCGAGCGGGCAAAGAAGAAGUUCCAACAAGAGGUAAGGAGUGUCGUUGGACGUCUAGGGGACUGUAGAUGAGCUAAUUAGGCGGUUUGAUAGGGGACAAUUUUUAGUAAUUUGAGGGGUCUAAUGACACGGGUAAUAUAACGUGAUAACUUAGAGGAGAAAUAGACGAUAGUGGCACAAAUUUUUAGUGAUCAUCUUGUAGAUAUUACGUGUCAAUAAUUGGCUCACAUUACUAAUAAAAUUGAGUGAUAACUUGAUUUGCAGGUGGAAGAUCUCAAUAUCGAGUUGGAGAAUGUCCGUACAACCUCCAGAGACGCCGAUAAACGCCAGAGGAAGUUUGAUCAACAACUCGCUGAGGAGAGAGCCAAUCUCCAAAAGGUUGUUGCCGAAAGAGAUGCCCUGGAACAAGACGCCAGAGAUCGGGAAACCAAACUUCUUGGCCUUCAAAAUCAACUUGAAGAACUCAAAUCUCAGCUGGAUGACUCGGAAAGAGUCAAGAGAAUGCUUCAACUCGAACUGGAGGAAUCUGUAAGCAACUUUGGAUUCUUAUGUCUAGUAUACUAUCAAAACUUGAAGAUUUUUGAGCAGUAAUAAGCCAAAAUUUCAGGUGUCCUCCAAGGAUGAUGUUGGAAAAAGCGUACAUGAAUUAGAGCGCAGCAAGCGUCAAUUGGAACAAGAAGCCGCUGAUCUCAGAGCCCAGAUUGAAGAGCUGGAAGAUGCGGUUCAACUGGCUGAGGAUGCUAGAUUGAGAAUUGAAGUGACGUCUCAAGGACAGAAGGCUGAGUUUGAGAGAAUUUUGGCGGUGAAGGAACAAGAAGAUGAGGACAAGAGAAGGUCCUUGUUGAAGCAGGUCAGAGAAUUGGAAGAGGAACUUGAACAAGAAAGGAGAAGCAAGGUAAGGGCGGGAUUGAUGAAUGUAGGGUCGCGUUACGGCCUGUGCAUCCACAUUGGCCAGUAAAAAAGGAUUACAGAGAGCUCUGAUGAGAUUUUAGACCAAAAUUGAGCUUUUGUUAUCAUUAUUAUGGCAAAAUUUCAAAUCUCCGGAAAUUUUCUCACAUUGAUUUAGCCAUUUCCGCAAUUAGACAUCCAAAUAAUCUAUUCCAGGUCGGAACUGUCGGCCAGAAGAAGCAACUCGAAAGCCAAGUCCUAGAACUCCAACAACAGCUCGAACAACACAUCCGACAAAAGGAUGACAUGAGCAAACAGCUAAAGAAAUUCCAACAACACAUCAAGGAACAACAAGCCAAGGUUGAUGAACAACAACAGCAACGAGAAGAGAUGGCUGCUCUCUUCCGUGAAGCCGAACGAAGGAUGCGUCAAGCCGAAGGAGAGGUUGUUAGACUUCAAGAAGCGACCGAGAGUUUGGCCGCUCAGAAACGAAAAUUGGAGGCCGAGAGGGAUGAACUGGAGGAGUUGAGAGGAAAGGGAGGCAUCUCAUCGGAUGAGAAGAGACGAUUGGAAAACAGAAUUACCGUGUUACAGGAAGAAGUUGAAGAGGGAGAAACGGCAGUGCUGGAACUGCAGGAUAAGAUCAGAAAGGCCCAACAAAAUGUAAGAAAAGAACCUGCUGGAUUCCAGUUCUUGCAUUAGACUGAGCAGAGAUCUUUUUGCUCUAUAAACCCUUUCAUUUCAGGCCGAUCAAGUCGGAAUUGAACUCAACGCCGAAAGAACAAACGUUCAACAAAUGGAGACCGAAAUUCAAAGUCUCGAACGGCAGAAUCGGGAGCUCCGUUCUCAAGUUGUUGAACUAGAAACCUUGACUCAAACCCGGACUCGCGCUCAAAUUGGAUCUUUGGAAGCUCAGGUUAAGCAGUUACAAGAUCAGCUGACUGCCGAGAGUCAAGAACGUCAGAAUGUAAGCAGAAUGUUGAGAAGAAUGGAAAAGAGAGUCGCUGAAGCACAAGCUCAGACGGAAGAGGAAAGAAGAGCUGUGGAGCAGUUCAAGGAGGCGGUAAGGAUUUUUUCAUUUUUUUAUGUUCAGUUUUUGGCCGUAAUGUUUCUAGUUUUCCAAUAAGCUUCUUAUUUUUCAGUCCGAACGCGCCAACACCAAGUCCCGCCAACUCCGUCGUCAAGUAGAUGAACUUGAGGAAGAAGUGAGCCGAGAACGAGCCAAAGCCCGCGCCUAUCAACGCCAACUCGACGAGAUCCAUCCCAUUCCCGAUGCCAACUAA